AAGAUCCUAUCAAAUCCCUCUAUUCGAUGGGAUCUUUAUUCGUUUGCGUGGUUUGUUUGAUAGAUUGAUUGAUUGAUUGAUUGAUCAAUUGAUUGGAAAAAAAAUAAAAAAUAAAAAAUAAAUGGGGUAACAACGUGGGCAACGAUGGCGAGGAGGCGAGGUGCCUGCUGCGACGAUGGAUGGCAAUAAGGCCGCGACGGGGGGGGAGGAAGUGGAGGAGAAGGAGAAGGAUUAUGAGGUCGAGGAGGAGAAUGAGGAGUCGGAGGGCGAGGAGGAGGAAGAAGAAGAAGUUGAGGAGGAUGAGGAGCACGAGGCUGGAGCGAUGGACAACAAGAAAGAGGACAACGACUAUGCGGAGGAGGCUACGACGAUUGACAAGAGGAGGAGGAGGCCCCGAUGAUGGACAGGGACGAAGAGGAGGAGGACUGGGAUAACAUUUUUUCUUAAUCAAUAUAUCAAUCAAGUCCAAUAACACAAAUCAAGAUCGUAUUGAAUC